AGGAGGAGGAGGGGGCCGCGGGGGCCAGCGGACACCGCCGGACGACGACCCUCACUCCCCCGCCCCCCGCUCCAAGGCGGCGGCUGGCGGGGCGGCGACCCACGAGCUUGUGACGCCCCGGCCCCAUGGACUGCGGACAGGAUCCAGGCCCCGCAGCGGGACGGCCAUGCCGGGAGGGACGGAGCCGCUCACGGACCCCCUCCUCCAGUGCAGAGGAGCAGGUGGCCAUGGAGACAGAGGCGGUGUUCCACAGCUACGUCUUCCACCGAUACCAGCAGGAGCAGGAGUCCAGUGGCGGGCAAAGCCCCAGGGAUCCCGAGAUGGCAGCCAUAUCCCACAACCCUGGCAGCAGUGUCAUGGAACAGGUGGGGCGGCAACUGGCGAUCAUUGGCGAUGACAUCAACCGACGCUACGAGCCGGAGUUCCAGGGGAUGCUGCUCAUCCUGCGGCCCACCGAAGAGAACGCCUUCACCUAUUUCACCAAGAUCGCUUGCAGCUUGUUUGAGAGCGGCAUUAACUGGGGCCGGGUGGUGGUACUGCUGGGCUUUGGCUACCGCCUGGCCAUGCACGUAUACCAUCAAGGGCUGAAGGGCUUCCUGGGCCGCAUCGCCCGCUUCGUGGCUGACUUUGUCCUGCACAACUGCAUCGCCCGCUGGAUUGCCCGGAGAGGGGGCUGGGUGGCCGCCCUGAGCCUGUCCAACAGCUCGCUCAUGCAAGUGUUUGCCGUGCUGUGCCUUGUCCUGAUUGUCCAGUGUGUGAUACGCCGCUUCUCUGCCCCCUGACCCCGGGGGAAGGGGCCGGGCCUUGGGACCUCCGGUCCGGGGACUCACGGCCCCACCUUUGAGACGCCCCCAGCAAAGAGGUUCUGGACCUGGUCACGGUUGUCAGCAGCGUCCCCCUGGCUCAGGCCAGGAGGUGGGGACAAGAUCCCGCAGCCCAACUAGGGGGAUCACUCCAGAGCUUCUCAGCCUCUGGUGUCUCCACAGGAGCUGGAGAUACUGUGUAUCCUCCCCUGCCUUCCCCUCCACCCCAGAGGGCAUCCCUGGGGACACCCCUGACUUCCUCGCUUGUUGCCCCUUCCCCAGCGGUGCUAAAGGGGCCACAUCCCCUCCCCAGCCGGGGCAGAGGUGACCUCUCUCUUGGGGUGGGAAAGAAGGGCAACCUGGUCUCUAGUCUGACUCCAGUGAGGGUGGGUCUAGGGGUGGGGUUCUGCUGCUGCUGCUGGGAUCUCCCCCCGCGCUGCUCAGCUCUGGCCUGGGCUGGGACCAGUCCCGGGCUGCUUCCACGGGCGUGGCGCAAGCUGACCGGCAAGGCUCCUGCGACCACUUGUUGGAGAGGCGGGGCUUGAGUGCCCAAGGCUGCUUGAUGGAGGGGCAGGAGCCUUCCCUGCUCCAACCUGCCUCCUUCCCUCCCCAUCCUCUCCAUCCCCAGCUCAGGUGGGUGGAAUUGCAUUAAGCUCAGGCUGUGAAGGGGUCUGAAGAGCAAAAUGGGCAAUCCUGUGCCCUCUCCCAUGCCCCUCUGCCCCCACCUACCUUCUCCCCCCAACAAGGGAGGAUGGUCAAGCUGGGAGUCGGGAGGGAAGAGAGGCAGGGCAGACUCGGCCGGCCUGACAACGCUCCAACUCCCUGCCCACCCCAGUCCGCGUAGGGCGUGAGGGACAGGGAGGGAUACCAUCCCCCACUGAGCCGGAAGCCCAAUCUGUUUGGGGGGCCCCGACUCCACGCCCUAGCCCUGAAUUCCGGUACUUCGGCUUGGGUUAGAAGCCGACCCGGUCCCCACCUCCAGCUGAGUGCUGCAGGCCAUAGCUACAGCAGCUGCUGCUUUCUCAGGGAUCCCAGACUGACCCAGUCUGGGGAGUCCCCACCCCAUGCUGCCCACCCCCAACCCCCAUCCUAGAAGCUCAUUUCCUUGCCAUCCCCCCGGAGUGGGGGGAGGGGCUGGGUAGGAACAACCAGCCACUCUUGCUGCUUCCGUGCCUAACCUUUGACCCUAGCGCCAGGCAGGACCUCCCCCAAUGGCCCGGCUCACCAGCAGUCCCUGGCCCAGACCAGUCAGCCUCCCUCCAGGCUGAAGAUGCCACCGGGGUGCCGGAGAGUCUGCAGGGAGAAAGCUGCUGUCCUGGACUGAGAGUAGAACCCUUAGGCGCCCCCAGACCCACGGGCCCUUCCCCCAGGGGGCUCUUCCCCAGGCGUAUACUUCCAUCAGAAGCCCCAGGGGCUAGUUCCACCACCCUUGUGCCGGGGAGACGGCAGACAGCCGGGGUCCUCUCGGGGAAGGCACAAGCCCAGGACACAGUGGGCCCAGUGGGGAGCAAACCGAUCCUCCCUCUGCCCUGCCAAGUACCCUGUCCUGUCAGGCUGCUAGGCUGGGCGUGAGCCAGGAUGGCAUCACUGUUGACCGGUUUGUGGAAGAGGGGCUGUGGCACUGGGCCCAUAUGGGUACGGCCAGUUCCCGGAGUCAGGAGGGUGCCCCUCAGGAGCCGACCUUGCCCUGGGGUCGCAGCUGAGUCAGGGUGGGCAUCACGGCUCCCCUCUUUUUGGGCUCAGCAGAGUCAGGGGAACCUACUCCAGCCCCCUUGGAUUUCAGCUAAAUGCUUUGGGGAGGUGACUCCAUGUAUGUAUCCUUUGUGUUCAAAAUAAAUGGUGCAAUUCUGCCUUGCCUGG